AUUUCCUUGCAGACUAUCGUCCUUUUCAAGAAAUUUCAAAUUUCUACUAUUCUUCCAAAUUGCCAUUUCGUCAAUUUCAAUGAAGAAAAUCUCUGAAUAAAUAGGGAAAAGAAAUCCAAAUCCCAGAUAAUUGUCCAAAUCGGAGGUCCUGCCGGCACCCCAUUUUCUCUUCACUUUCUCUCUCUAGGUUUUCAAUUCAACUUUCAGCUCUUGCUCUCGAUCCACUUGAAAUUCAUGACCAUCAAAGUCUACAUUGCUUUGGAAAUGUUGGAACGAAGAUUACUAGAAUGAACCAGAAGGAGGUUUUUAAAAUGAAGCAGAAGCAACCACCUGUUCCACUUGGAACUCUGAUUUGCCGUGAGCUGAGGAAUGAGAAGGUGACCAAGCCCAAUGUAAAAUUUGGGCAGGCUGCUCUGGCUAAGAAAGGGGAGGACUUAUUUUUCAUCAAAUCUGAUUGCCAAAGGGUUCCUGGCAAUCCAUCAACAUCAUUUUCGGUUUUUGCGAUUUUCGAUGGCCAUAAUGGUACAUCCGCUGCUAUCUUUGCAAAAGAGAAUUUAUUGAACAACGUUUUGAGUGCAAUUCCUCAAGGGCUUGGUAGGGAACCAUGGCUUCAAGCCCUGCCUCGGGCAUUGGUUGCUGGGUUUGUGAAAACUGAUAUAGAGUUUCAGCAAAGAGGUGAGACUUCUGGAACAACAGUUACAUUUGUUGUGAUUGAUGAUUGGACUGUGACUGUUGCAUCCGUAGGAGAUUCUCGGUGCAUAUUGGACGCGCAGGGGGGUAUUGUUUCACUCUUGACGGUUGACCAUCGUCUAGAAGAGAACGCAGAAGAACGAGAGCGUGUAACUGCAAGUGGUGGUGAAGUAGGGAGGCUCAAUGUUUAUGGGAGCAAUGGUGUUGGGCCACUACGUUGCUGGCCUGGUGGGCUGUGCCUUUCGAGGUCAAUUGGUGACACAGAUGUUGGGGAGUUCAUUGUCCCAGUACCUCAUGUUAAGCAAGUGAAGCUUUCAAAUGCUGGGGGAAGACUUAUAAUUGCUUCUGACGGUAUAUGGGAUGCUUUAUCAUCUGAUAUGGCUGCCCAAACUUGUCGAGGUUUACCUGCAGAACUUGCUGCAAAGGUGGUUGUUAAGGAAGCACUGAGGUCACGGGGUUUGAAGGAUGAUACAACUUGCUUGAUUGUUGAUAUUAUUCCUCAUGACCAUUUAAUUUUUCCCCAAACACCUAAAAAGAAACAAAAUUUGCUCAACCCAUUGCUUAUCUUUGGAAAGCGAUCUCAAUGUUCUACUAAAGGAGCUAAUAAAUCAUCUGUUGUUGGAGAUGUGGAGGAAUUGUUUGAAGAGGGAUCUGCUAUGCUUGCUGAGAGGCUGGGUAAGGAUUCUCCUCUGGACUCUAAUUCCGGGCUCUUCAGAUGCGCUAUUUGCCAAGCGGAUCAAUCAUCAAGUGAGGGUUUAUCUGUCAACUCAGGCCCAGUUUUUUCGCCUGCAUCAAAGCCAUGGGCAGGCCCUUUCCUCUGCGACAGUUGUCGUAGGAAGAAAGAUGCCAUGGAAGGAAAGAGACCAAUUGGACAUGCAAUAACUGCCUAAUCUUAUAACCUAGUAAAUAUCCAUAUAGUUUCCUGCGACAGUGUGAGCAUGUUUCGAUUUUUAUCUACAGUAAUGAUUAGACAUGCAAGAAAUGAUCUGGUGAGUUGGUGUCGUUUCAGGGAGCAGUCCAUUUUGUGGCGAUUCGUGUUUGUGCUUCCCCAUUUGAUCGACCGCCAAAAACAGAGGUGCUAACUCAUAUUAGUGUGUGAUAUUUGAUUGCUAGCAAAGAACUGAGAAUUGUGAAUGAUAUGUACUGCAGUUAGUUAAUCUUUUUAGUUUGAUUGCUAUGGCUUGCAAAGAUUCAUGUGAUUUUUUUUUU